CGGCGUUUGCUGCUACGAUGCAACGAUUCAAGGCGAUAGACAUCGUUGUUAACGGAGCUGGAGUUUUCGAUGACUUACACUGGGAACGUGAAAUCGAUAUCAGUCUGAAAGGAGUCAUUCGAGGCAGCCUGCUCGCCUGGAAGCAUCUUGGUAAAGACGAGGGCGGCAGAGGCGGGGUCGUCCUCAACAUCGCCUCUGUGCUGGGCAUCGACCCCCUGCUCGUCGUCGUCGUCGGCUUCUCCAGGAGCCUCAGGGCCGGCAGUGGUGGCGCGCAGCGCGCUGCGCGUGCUGCGAGAGGGGACCUCGGGCUCCAUCUGGGUGAGCGAGGGGGAGCGCACCUACAGAGUGCACUUUCGCAGCCGGCACCAGCUUGCGGAAGAUUCGCAUUGAACUCACCGCCCGACGAGAGCUUCUACUACACUACUACACUAAUGGCUCAUCGCAAAUGCAUCGCGAUGGCACCACAAGACAUUUUUCUGAAAGAGCCGAUUCAGGUGUGAAAAAAGCCGGUACCUGUUCUUUCCCUUGCUUAUUAACAAUUCCUUUACAUUUUUGCGUUAAAGUACAACGUUCCUCCCUCUAUUUAAAAUGAGAACACAUAGGAAUAAAAAUGUGAAAAAAUAACUAGAAACAGUUGCUUAAUAUUAUGUUAAGAAACGAUCAUUGA